AUGGCCAAUGAUACCGAUCUUUACUGGAUUGGUCCCAAACCCUCAGAUAAAUUUUUUGCUGACCAUAUGCACGUCAAAGAAUCUGUUCCCGCUAAAUUGGUGGAACCCGACUACUUUAACGAUAUGCCAGAUGGCACCCAGGAGAAACCUAUGUAUUCCAAAUUGAAGGAGCUUGUUGACCGCGCCAAACUCCUGAAACCAACUGACACUCUCGUCGACAUCUCCAACUCCCGGGAUCGCAACUCAUACAAAGGCGUUCAAUGGAGACCCGAUGUCGGUUUAUUCCGCACCGAAGAUACUACCCCCACUACAGCCAGUAGAAAGGACAGUCUCUCCGACAUCCUUCCUGACGAACACCCCAGCGACCACAGCGAUAGCGAUAUGGAGAGUGACACUGAAGCUGACGAACGAUCGGACGAGUCUUACGUACCACCAGCAGAGAAGAAGACCGAAAAAUAUGUGAACAACUUCGAGACCAAUCUCCUGCCAUUUGAACUCAAACCUAACAAAGUCACCCCAUUCAACGAUCCCUCUGACGAAUGCCAGGGAGACGCCCGCAAGAACCAUAUAUUUCAAGACGUCAACCCCGAUGGGGUAGACUUACGCGGCCAACUUGGAGCUGUCAUGACCGAGAUUUGCAACCGCCAGCAUCGUACGCGAACUUUCAUGGUGUUCAUGAACGUGCACGAAGUUCGCUUCCUCUACCACGAUCGAUGCGCGACCAUUGUUUCUGAAGCCAUUAAGUAUCGGACCAAUUCGCAAGUGUUGGCGGAGUUCCUCUGGCGCUUCGCUCGGCUUACGGACGAGCAGCAAGGCAUCGACAAGACCGUCAAACAACCCACCGACGAACAGCGAGAUGCCGCCAAGAAAGCGUUGAGCCGGUGGGCCCCAAAGAAGGAGCGUCCCGUCGUUGUUCUCGAGGUUCCCACCGAGGAUGGCAAAGUGCGCAACUUCGUCAUGUGGGGGGCCAUGGCCGAGCCCAAAGCUCUCACUGGACGAGCGACGCGUGCCUAUCCUGCCUACGACCUUGAAGGGAAGAAAGUCGUUUUUCUGAAGGACACCUGGCGCGCUGCUGUGGACGGCAUGGAGAAAGAGUCCGACAUCCUGAAGGAACUCAACGCUGCUGGGGUGCGCCAUGUACCGAAGUUCCAAUACGGUGACGACAUUCCUGGGGAUUAUCACUCGACCGUUACCCAGAACGACAUCGACGCUUCGUGGCGGGCUGGACCUUUAGCCGACCUCUGCAAACGAACUCAUCAUCGCUUCACCGAGGACUUCGUUGGGAAUCACCUGGACUACUUCGGAACUCCCAAGGAGCUCAUGACAGCAAUUAACCAUGCCAUCAUCGCGCACCAAGAUGCCUACCUCAACUGCAGCAUCCUUCAUCGCGAUGUCAGCGGGAACAAUGUCCUGAUGAGCGACGACGGCGAGGGUAUCCUUAAUGACUGGGAUUUGGCGAAGAGGAUUCCCACUGAGAUCUCAAACCCUCAACGCUGGGCUAAGAUGUCAGAGGAGGAGCGAAAGGCAGACAAGGCCAAAAUCAAAGGGGGUCGACGACACCCAAGUCGCACUGGAACAUGGUAUUUCAUGGCAAAUGGUGCACUCCGAUUUCCUGGGAAAUUGCCAGACAUUUUCGACGACAUGGAGUCUUUUUUUUGGGUUACCGUGUUCUUCACCAUCCAAUACCUCCCUUGCAACAGAAGCAAAGUGCAAUUGGCUAAUUUUGUGCGCGAUGUUUUUGCCCAAUGCCAGGUCGACGGUCACACGGGGCUGCACAUGGGUGGGAAGGGCAAAUAUGAGACGCUCGUUGAGAUGAGCACAUCCCCCCUUUCUGAUUUGGUUUUCGAGGACAACAACCCUUUGACAAAAUGGCUAGAAGACGUCCUCUUUGCGUUGAGAAAACUUACCAUCUUCAUUAGCUAUUCUAGAGACGAUGCCGGAGCUGUGGCAGCGUCUCGUGCUAAGAAGUCUGGUGCAGACGCAGGUUCUGCCAGAGCCAGAGCGAUAACAGACUUCACGGUGCCGCCUCUUCCAGACCACGUUCAGCUUCGCGAUCACCAGUCCUUCCUCGACUUCUUCACCGAAGCUCUCAGUGAAUCUGAAUGGCCAAACAACCGAAACAAGGAUGCUGCUGUCUUCCAGCCCCCUUCAACAACAGUUCACUGCAAAGAAGUUGAGGACAUCUUCCGAGACGACUAUGUCUCAUCAAGUGGGGCCUUCUUCCCGGUUGACACCCCAGCAGAUGAGUUCUUUCUCCCGCACCCUCCGAAAAUCUUCGCGCGCCACAACGCCAGGUGGUCCUCUCGGCCCGCUGACGUCUUGUCCACCAUCCUAAACUACGGCGAAGACGAGAAGCUAUGCACAAUCUUUUCGACUACCCCAGAGAAACUGUACUCGCCUGGAUGGCAUGGAGGAACUAGUCCCAAGUGCCGUGUUCUCAAACUUCAGGGCGGCGAUGAUACCUUGUGUGCUAUGCAAGAAGUCGACGUGCCUCAAAAGUAUCUGGAGCAAAAGUCUUCUCCUUCAGGCCAUAUCUUGGAACGCGUUCAAUCACGUAUGGUCGCCCUCGCCGAAAACCAUCUCAGCACCUUCGAAAAGCCAAGAGACCUGAUUAAAUCAAUCAAUCAAGCUCUUACCGUAAAUGAAGCUGCCUACCUCAAGUGCAACGUCAUUCAUGGCGAUGUGAAUGCAAUGAACAUUCUGAUCGACCCCGACGCCAACGGUGUUCUGAAUGACUGGGACCUGGCGAAGGAGACGCCACCUCCAGUCGCGAAUCUUACACACAAGGCAGAGGCGACUUCGAAAGCUAAGCAAGAGGCAGAUCAGGGCACGGUAGCCGUAGAAGAGGGCCAACGAUGGCCAUAUCGCAAUGGAACAUGGUAUUUUAUGUCGAACUAUGCGCUCAUAUUUCUAGGAAAGGAGCCCGACCUCUAUGACGAGUUAGAAUCCUUCUUCUGGGUCACCGUAUUCAUUAUCCUCCGGUGUCUUCCGUGCAACAAACGCGACACGCAGCUGCGUAACAUCGUCAACAACGUUUUCGCCCAAUUUCAACAACAACCGCCCCCUGACAAAGUGGACGAAAAUGUCCUACUUGUGUUGAAACGGCUUACCAUAUUCAUUAAUAAGGCCAGAGAGGAUGCUACAGCUUUGGCUACGUCUCGUGCAAAGACGGCUGGUGCAGGUACAAGCUCUGCCAGGACUCGGGCCAUAGCAAAAUUCACGGUGCCACCUCUUCCUGAGCACGUCCGCCUCCGCGAUCAUCGAUCCUUCCUUCAAAUUUUCACCGCAGCGCUCAAUGAACCUGGAUGGCUGGAAAACCGAAAGUUACCAAAAAGAAAACGCCGCUAG